AUGAGUCUUUGGUCCCAGAGAAUACACUGAACCUUGAUUCACAGUCUCUUUCUUUCUCAAUCAUGGAGUGCAUCUAUUUGUACAAUAAAACACUAAUAUCUACUUUUGGGUGUGAUGGUCAGGUUUUCCUUAGACAAUUUAUUACCUUUCCCUAAUAAAAAUAUUAAGGCAUUCAAUGAACUUACACGUUGGCUUGUUAGGCUCUAGUUCUCCUUGAUGAUUGAAUAUUAGGUCUCAGAAUCAGGUAAGAUGAGUAAGGUAUGAGUAAGAUGCAUGCUUGGCCUGGCAGAGUACAAUUACAAAUUCAUUUUGCUAUUUUAAAAAACACUGAAGCAGCAAUAAAGACCUGCCUUUGUGAGUAGAUCAGUUUUCUGUGUGAAAACUGUUUCCGUAGUUUAAAUUUGUUUUGUGUUAAGUCUGUUAAACCUCUAUCUCUAUAAUAUGUUUGCAUAUGUGUUUCUAAACACACUUUUUUUUUUUGUCUCUCCAGUUCCAGAUUUUAGUGUGGACACGCUCUCCACCAAUGCCAGCCAGGAGCUGCGAGGCCUGGGCAUUCCCAAGGUGUCAGGUCUAGAGCGCAGUCAAGAGAAGAGCCAAGAGACGUCCCGUGAACUCUCGUCGGCCACCCCCUCACUGGUGCCCACUUCUCAUCCCAAACCUCCCCUCCCCGCCCCCCUUCACGUCCAGCCGCCCCCCUCCAACCGGGGGUUACCCUUGCCCCAAAGCCCAGCCCAAACCCAGCACCCUUGCCCAGAGCGUCGACUGAGACCACUGUCACCCACUACCACCCUGAGUCAAACCCAAGGCCAAGAGCCCUCUCAGGCACCCCCAGCCCAGCCUCAGCACCCACCUGAGCCUCAACCUCACCCAAGGCCACCUCGAACUCCAAGCGUCUACCACCACCCCCCAUCACCAGCACCAACCCCGACCCAGCAGAACCUCACCCAACCUGUGCAGCACAGACCGCCCUCACGGUGCCAUCCGCGCCCAAUCUCGGCCUACAGCAGCAGCCUUACCCUCAACGGCCUGAGCAGUCGAAGCAGCACUCCAGGGAAGCCUCCGGGCCCCUCUCCAGCCCCUCAUCUGCACCAUCACCAACCUGCCCCCACUGGGGCAGCAGCCUCCUUCCCCCUGCCCCUGUCGGCAAACCCCACGGCGUCGCACACCUUCCCCCCCUCCCUGACGCCCUCCACUCUUCCUCAUCACACCAAUAUGUUUGCGUCGCCUGCUGCUCUGCCUCCACCUCCUCCUCUCACCUCAAACACUCUGCCGGUCCCCGGACACCCAGCUGGGAGUGCCUACUCAGAACAAGAUCUUCUCCGGCAGGAAUUAAACACUCGUUUCCUGGCAUCUCAGAGUGCUGAUCGCGGGGCAUCAUUGGGCCCCCCUCCAUACCUGCGGACUGAGUUCCACCAGCACCAACACCAGCAUCAGCAUCAGCACCAGCACACACACCAACACACACACCAGCACACCUUCACCCCUUUCCCCCACGCCAUUAUGCCCACGCCUGCACCGCCCAUGGUGCGUACCCCAGCCAGAAAUUUCGACAAAUUUCCCACUAAAGUCGACCCCUUCUACAGACACAGCCUGUUCCACUCUUACCCCCCAGCGGUGUCUGGCAUUCCGCCCGUCAUCCCACCGACGGGGCCCUUCGGAUCUCUGCAGGGAGCGUUCCAGCCCAGGACCUCAAAUCCUCUAGACGUGGCAGGGAGGCCUGGAGCCGUCCCACACACACUCCUUCAGAAAGACCCUCGGCUGACAGAUCCGUUCCGGCCGGUUCUCAGGAAACCAGGAAAGUGGUGUGCUAUGCAUGUCCAUAUAGCCUGGCAAAUUUACCACCACCAACAGAAAGUAAAGCAGCAGAUGCAGGUUGACCCACACAAGCUGGACUUUGGCUUCAAACCGGAGUUCCUAAGUCGACCCCCAGGCCCCACCCUUUUCGGAGCUAUCCAUCACCCUCAUGACUUGGCACGACCUGCAUCGCUUUUCUCAGCAGCAGGGACCACACAUCCCUCAGCUGCACCUUUCGGACACCCUCCACAUCAUCCUAGCAAUUUUCUAACCCCAGGACCCCACUUGGAGCCCUUCAACAGACCGCCUUCGUUUGGAGGUCUGGCCUCAUUAAGCACUGCAGCCUUUGGUGGCCUGGGAAACCCAGCAAUUGCCUCCAACUCUGUAUUUGGCCACAAAGAUGCACCCAGCGCACAACAGCACUUCAGUGGACCCCACGAGCCGUGGAACAGACUCCACCGGACUCCGCCGUCCUUCCCCACCCCACCUCCCUGGCUCAAACCUGGAGACCCUGAACGGAGCGCGUCGGUCAGCUCCCACGAACGAGAACGAGACAGAGAACGAGAACGAGAACGGGACAGAGAGAGAGAACGUGACCUGGACAAGAGGGAUUCUUCAGUCAACAAGGAUGAUAAAGAGCGGGAACCUGCGGAAAAAAGGCACCAGAAUCAUCCAUCCCCGAUUCCUGUUAACCCCCUCACACUGAUGAGUCACACCCGAUCAUCCGAGCCCUCCCGGAACCACAUCCCUUCUAGUGAGUCUCGGGACAAGGACAAGCCCAAAGAUCGCGAGAGAGAACGAGAGCACUCAGACUGGAAGGACUCCAACACCGAUGAGCACAAGGUGAAGGAGAAUCACCACAGUGACAAGGACGCUCCCGUCAUCCACAAUGGCCGGGUUUCUGAAGACAAGCCGGCCAAUCGAGUUACAGCGUCACCCUACAUGCGGGCAGGUGGCAUAGAUCGGGUGAACGGCGGGCUGACUCGAGAUGUUCUGGAGAAGAAGGCCGAUAUCACCUAUGAGAAGAAAAACAGUGAGAUAAAGGUGAAAGAAGAGAGGAAAGAGGAGCAGGAUGGUUCCACAGAAAGAUCCCCGGAACAAAGGUCCACACCGCAAGCACCUCCUCCUCCUCCUGCUGCGCUCCACCCUCCAUCUUCAAUGCCAGUACCCAUGGGCAUGGCCAGCAUGCACCCCAUAAACAGUAUCAGUAGUCUGGAGAGGACUCGUAUGGUGCCCCCCUUCAUGGGUAUCAGUCCCAUCCCAGGGGCAGAGAGGUUUCCCUAUCCCGCCUUUCACUGGGAUCCCAUGAGGGACCCUUACAGGGGACUUGAUAUCCACCGGAGAGAUCCAUUAGCUCGGGAUCUGCUCCUGCGGAAUGACCCUCUGCACCGGUUAGCAGCACCGCGGAUUUAUGAAGCAGAACGCUCAUACCGGGACCGUGAGCCUCAUGACUUUAACCGAGACCACCCUCACGGGCUGGCCUUGGAACAGCGGCGGGAACAAGAGCGAGCACACCUAGAGGAGCGGGAACGUAUGCACUUGCUCAGAGAAGACUACGAGCAGGGACGUCUGCACCCGAUGCAUCACCCCGCUUUAGACGGACACCUCCCUCACCCGGGUCUCAUGGCCCCUGGAAUUCCCAGCAUGCACUACCCCCGUGUAAGCCCCUCCUCUGCCUUGGCUGCCCAGAAUGGAAUCCUUAACAAAACCCCUCCCACUGCAUCACUCAGUGCCCCGCCCCCUCUUAUCCCAACCCUGGGAGUGCGUUCCACAUCUCCCAGGCGGACUACCCCACUCGGCACUGACAUUAGAGACAGACCCCCCUCACACACACACAAAGACAUCGAGGCACGGUGAGACCCCCGAUGGACUGUAAUGGAACUCAAAAGCAAGCACUUGAGGCUGUAUCAUAUCUGUAUAUAGACUGUGCAUUACUGAUUGUUUAAUUUGUGUUGAGUGUGUUUUUUGUACAAAAGACUGGGAUUUUUCAUGCUCUUUUAUCCUGUUCACUCCUGCAUUGAUAUGUAUUCUUAAACAUGUACAGUACACUGAUCUCGAGCAAGUGGACAAACGCUAGAUCUCCAACAUGGAAAGAUGAUCUUGGAAUGUACAGGUACCUCAAUACAUUGCAAAAAGGCAGAAAUUGUAGAUAUGUGUAAAGUUGGUGUGUCUCUCUCCUUAAGGAAAAAACCAUUAAGGUACAAUUAUGCAAAUGGUUGUUAUGAAAGCUUUACUUUGAAAUGCUGUACAUAGUGGGCAGUGAUCAAAAGGAGAGUGAGCGCAAAAGCUCCGGUUUUAGUUUAAUGCUGCAUAUUAAUUAAUAGUUUGGAAGGAUCAUAUUGUCCAAGAGACCACAUCCCUUCUUUCAACUAUGCAACUCUUGCGUGGGCUCUCUCUCUGUAUCAUUUUCCUCUCCUCCAGAGGACAAACAGUCUCUACCCUCUCUUUCUCCUGCUGGAGCAACAGUACAUGCUUACACAUUACUCAGAUUGUGAUGGUUCCUAACUAGGGAUUUUCUGCAAAGAGUUUUACUCACACAUCUGACAAACAUGAUCCCUAACUUUUGAUGCAGAAACAUGCUUAUGUUCUUCAAGCUAUAAAGCUCUGUGUUGACAAUCCUUGCAAAUACACCAAUGUUCCAAGAAGCUAACAAACCCGAAAUUCUCUGAAUUAAUUACCUCUAAAUCAAGUGUGGCAAUUUGAAAAAAAAAUACAACACAUUACCAUCAUGUCAUGACAAGUCUGAGUACAGAAAGCAGGACAAUUCUGUGUUGGUCUAGCGGUGUAUUAAAGUGUUAUGUAUCUACACAAUGAUAAAGCGAGUUGUAAGCUAUGGACAGGUUUUUUUUUUUUUUUUUUUUUGAGCAGAGAUCUAUUUUAGUAGUCCAUGGGAGGGAUAGUUGUGCGCUUUUAAACUGUAAUUCCGAUGUUGUGCAGUGUUUAUUUUUUUCUUUAAAAUUUACUUUUUUUUUUAUCAAACAUUAAAAUGUCCACUGAAGCAGUAGUGGGUAGUCAAUACGUAUUGCAAAGAGAUUGAAACUUUUUUGCUGUUUAUCAUGUACGUAAAAAUUGAAGUCCUUUCUAGAUCAUGUACAAAAAAAGGGUGAGGCGACAGCAUGCUCCUCAGUUAAACUUGUGUUAUGUAAAUUGUGCCAUGUUAUUAAAAAAUGUGAACUAA